AUGGCGAGCGGGGCGGACCGCAUCAGCGACCUCCUGAAGGGCGUCCUCCACCACAUCCUCUCCCUCCUUCCGGCGCAGGACGCGGUGCGCACGUGCGUGCUCGCCCAGAGCUGGUGCCACCACUGGCGGUCCGCGCCCGUCGUGCGCUUCGCCGGCUGGGCCGGCGGCGUCUACGCGUUCGGCCCCUUCGUCGAUGGUCUGCUGAACGCCCGCCGCGGGGGCGCCCCCCUGGACUCCUGCGAUUUCGACCUCGAUGUCGAUCUAGAUCUGGGCCCGUAUGACGUCCCCAGAAUGGAGCGGCGCGUCAACAGCUGGAUCCGCCGCGCCCUGCGGCGCCAGGUCCGGGAGCUCCGGUUCCAAGCGUCCAUCAAGCCUCGGCUUCCCUUCGUGCUGGAGGAUCGGCCCCUCGCCUCCGACCACCUCACGAGGCUGGAGCUUGUGAGUGUCCAGGGCAACGCCGGCGUUCUUGAUUUCUCGUGCUGCCCGGCGCUGGACGAUCUCAAGAUGGAGGAUUGCGAUGUUCGGUCGGUGGAAAUGAUUCCCCAUCCUUGA